AUUUCUCCACAGAAAGGAAAUGGGGAAAAACGAGUCAAACAUAGGUGGCAAACCUAAGACGUCAAAAGGACCUAAUGAGCUUAAGCUUGAAGCCGCGGCUGCUAGGAAGAAAGGCCCAAAUAUCACACCAGUGACUCAAAGUGACGAUGGGGAAUUUGGAGAUGGAAGCAAACUAUCCAGAGAUUACAGAGGUGAUCCAGAUAUAGUUGACAAAGUCCUGAAGCAAAAAUUUGAGAUAUGUUGGGCCAUCGCAUUGAUACGUCUUCUCCAGGCUAUUUACAACAUAACUCAAGAUAACAUAACUAACGGCAAAAGCUUCCUUCAUGAUGACCUCGUCGUGCAUUUGAAGACGAAAAAAAAUCCAGGCAAACGACCGGCGUCGUUGAAACUUCAGAACCUUAAAGAUGCUAUUAAACAUAUAGCAGUUAAUGGAUUGCUUAAAAUUAAAGCAACGGGAGUUACAAAGGCUGGGAGCGAGAUUGGAUAUCAUGGCAAGUGGAACUUUUCAAUGGAGAAAUGUCCUUCAGUGGAUUUCAUCAAGUCCAAAGUUGAUAUCUCUCCAGUUGUCAUAUCGUUUGAUAUAGCUGACGAAUUCCAUUUCAUUGGCAAUGGUAUCUACAAGGUAAGCGGCGUAGAUAUAGAAGAUGGCGAAGUAGAGGGGCACGCAGUUCUCAUCGUCGGCUAUGGCUACACCAAAGACAAUCGACUAUUCUUUUUGAUUCAGAAUAGUUGGGGAGAAGAUUGGGGUGUGAAAGGUUUUGGACGAAUCUUCAUAGAUGACAUGUCCACGACCACACUUGUUUAUCCAAAUAUCUAACUUGACCAGAUUUGGGUCAGGCCUAGUUACUUGAGAGAUUCGAUUCUUUUUGGUUUUUGUCUUCUUAUUCCCUAACUGUUACUAGCAAUGGGAACCAAGUAUUUUCAUUUAAACGUUUUAGAGACACCUCUUCUGGCAUUUUUAGCCUUGUUCACUUCUUUUUCACUUAUAAAUAUCUUUUUCUUAU